AUGUUUUAUUAACAAUUCAAAGAAUACCCCAAAAAUUCACAUAGGGAAAAGACUCAAUAAGAGCGUAAGACUAUCAAAUCAAUGGAUUGGAAUUGUAAUGGGAGCUAUUUGGCUACGUCAAGCGAUUCCACUAUUAAAAUUUGGUCCUUUGAUGGAAACAACAUCAAGAGAUCAACCGAUCUAAAGCAAGGUUCAGAACAAUUGGAGAAGUUGUUAUUUCAUCCAACACAACCAGACAUAAUAGCAUCUAUUACUAAAGAGUACGUGAAGAUUUGGGAUAUUCGCACAAAAUAGAGUGUAAGACAGGAGAAGAAGGAAUAAAUGGGUAUUGCCUGUUGGAGCCCUAAUGGCAACGAAUUGGCAGUGGGCACUAAAUAGAAUAAGGAAACACAGAUACUGUUUUUAGACAUGUAAGGAGGAGAGAGAUAAAUAAUGUAUUAGCCAAAAGAUAAGGAUAAGAAUUUCGAAUUAAAGAACAUUAUGUAUGACAAAGAUGUGUUUGUUGCAGUUGGUUAAUAGAAUGGAGUUGGGAUGAUUUAAUUUAUGGAUGUCAACAAUCCUUAAUUGCCUCCUCUUCAUUAGAUGGAAGCUCAUAGAGCUGGAAUUACUUAGUGCAAAUUCAGCAAGGAUGGCUAGCAUAUGUAUACUGGUGCCUAAGAUUCCCUGAUUAUAUUGUGGCAAUUACCAGAUUUAUUGUGUGCAGGAUAAUUGAUGACCGUGGAAUCAGAGAUCAGAUCGAUGUCUGUUUUUGACAGUAAAUACAUAGCAGCUAUUGGUUUGGAAGAAUAGGCAUACAUCUAUUAGGUGGACAGAUGUUUGGCUGGUAAGACAGAUCAUAUAGAUUCCAUUAAAUUAGAAGGAUAGCCAUCUGAUCUUUGUUUCCAUCCUAACAAAUUCAUUUUGGCAAUCGUCUGUCAGGACAAGAACAAAUAGGAGAGUGUGAUACAUUUAUAUGGUAAUUUGGGUGCUUGA